ACACCAAUACAUAUAGCUGCAAGUCGGGGGGAUCUAGAAACCGUAAAGCUACUCCUUAGCCACAAAGACAUCGAAGUCAACUGCAGAAAUAGUUCUGGCGAUACACCAAUACAUAUAGCUGCAAGUCGGGGGGAUCUAGAAACCGUAAAGCUACUCCUUAGCCACAAAGACAUCAAAGUCAACUGCAGAAAUAAUUCUGGCGAUACACCAAUACAUAUAGCUGCAAGUCUGGGGUAUCUAGAAACCGUAAAGCUACUCCUU